AUGACGGACUUUCCAAAGCUGAAUCGCAUCAAGUCAGAUGACGAGAACAUGGAAAAGAUUCACGUCGCGGCGCGCAAAGGCCAAACCGACGAGGUGCGCCGCCUUAUUGAGACGGGUGUGAGCCCCACCAUCCAAAACCGCUUCGGCUGUACGGCGCUGCAUCUCGCCUGCAAGUUCGGCUGUGUGGACACCGCCAAGUAUCUCGCUAGCGUUGGCGAGGUGCACUCCUCAUGGCACGGGCAGAAGCCGAUUCAUUUGGCGGUGAUGGCGAAUAAGUUGGACCUCGUCGUAGCAUUGGUGGAAGGCGCUAAGGAGCGUGGGCAGAUGCCAGAGUCGCUGCUCAAUGAGUGCGACGAACGUGAGGUCAACGAGAUUGGCAGUCACGUGAAGCACUGUAAGGGCCAGACUUCGCUUCACUGGUGUGUGGGACUGGGCACCGAGUACCUGGAGAUGAUCAAACUCCUCGUGCAGCUCGGCGCCUCGCCGACUGCAAAGGACAAGGCGGACGAGACGCCGCUGAUGCGCGCCAUGGAGUUCCGCAACCGCGAGGCGCUGGAUUUGAUGUUAGACACCGUGCCUAGCAAGAACUCGCUACGUCUUGACUAUGCCGACAAGCAGGGCAACUCGCACCUGCACUGGGCUAUCCUGAUCAACUGGGAAGACAUUGCCAUGCGCUUUGUGGAGCUGGGAAUCGAUGUCAAUAUGGAGGACAACGAACACACAGUGCCGCUGUACCUGUCUGUGCGGGCCGCCAUGGUGUCGCUCACGAAAGAGCUCGUGCAGAAGACCGACGUCUUUCUCAUCCAGGCGUGCCCCUACCACAAUGGCACGACGGUGCUGCCGGAUCGAGUUAUGUGGCUGGACUUCGUGCCGGCGGCCGCAGACCCCUCGAAGCAGGAAGUCCUUCAGCUUCUGCAGGAGAAGCUGGACGAGGUAGUACGCAGCCUCAACACCGGCGCCGGCGGCGCGGUCAAGAGGAAGAAGAAGGCCGCACCAGCGGUGAAGCGCAUGAAACUAGCACCCUCCGCCCCGGUGCGCACCCGUUCUCGUAGCCGCGCGCGCAGCAGCGCUGUGGGCAAGUAA